GUGCCGCGCGGCGCCGUUGUGGUGUUGACUGUGGGCUCGUGUCUCAGUCUAAGCUUGGACCCCCUGCCCCCCUCGGAGAGGAAUGAGCGGGCACGCAGAGGUUAAAGUGAAAAUACCUUUUGGAAACAAACAACUUGAUGCUAUCUUUAAUGUCCCAGAGAAGAAAUUAAGAUACGGAGUGAUUCUUACCCAUGGAGCUGGAGGAGAUAUGAAUUUUCCUCACUUAGUUUCUUUGGCAGCCUACCUUGCAUCACAGGGAAUUUUGUGCCUGCGGUUUACUUGUAAAGGCCUUAACAUUGCUUAUAGGACUAAAGCUUACAAAACAGUUGUGGAAUACUUGAAGCUUUCUGAUGAUUAUAAGCUUUCAGGUGUCUUCCUUGCAGGCCGUUCCAUGGGCUCACGAGCUGCUGCCUCUGUGAUACGUCAGCUUAGUGGUGAUAAUGAUGACUUCAUUCAGGGUCUGAUAUGCUUAUCGUACCCUUUGCAUCGACCAAAACUGCAGUCCAAGCUCCGGGAUGAAGAUUUAUUAUUUAUCAGGUGCCCGGUGCUGUUUGUCUCAGGAUCAGCAGAUGAGAUGUGUGAAAAACAAUUGUUGGAAAGCGUGGCAAGCAAAAUGAAAGCCCCUAAAAAAAUCCAUUGGAUUGAUAAGGCAAACCAUGGGAUGGCAGUUAAAGGCCGAACAGAAGAUGAUGUCAUGGAAGAAAUAAAUGUACAGGUUUUUUCUUGGCUUAGAGAGAAUAUUGAACUGGAGCACAAAUGACUUGCAGUGGUUAAGUAAUAUCUUCAGUUGGCUUUUCCUAAAUGCAGCACAUCAGCUGGAGAUGUGUUUUUGAAAGCAAGUGUUUUCCAAGGUCUAAAAUGUAAAUAUUUUUUUAUGAAUGUAAAAAAUUUACAAGACAAUAAAGAACAUUUUAAAGGAAA